AUGUCUGAGGAAGAGAGAGCAAAGAGGCCGUAUUUGGGUCUAUAUUUCAUGACAAGUGGAUCAUUUUUUGUGAUCCUUUACCUUCUUUGCCUGGCCUCAAUGCUCAAUCGUGAACGCAUCCAUAUCCCCGCCUUCAAAAUCAUGAUUUGUUUGGCUAUCUUUGAUAUCCCAUCAGAGUGUAUCAACUCAGUGGCAACUGGGUAUAUGGGAUUCUAUGGAAUCUAUUACUGUGAUUAUCCUCGUCUGACAUUUAUCCUUGGUGCCAUUGUUUUUGGCGCAUGGGUGGGAUGUUCUGCUUCUUCUAUCACUUUGGCACUCUGUCGAAUAAGUGAAAUCAAUCAGAAACUCAAUCUCCAUUGGAUUUUCCACAGUUCUUUUAUAUACUUGCUUCUGUUUUUCUCUUUCGUUGUAGCCUCUUACGGAAUGUUCUUCACUAAACCUCCCAUUUUCCGUCCAGAAUAUAUGACUUGGUUUUUCGACGCAGGCAUUGGAUUCGAUCCAUCAUACUAUUAUAAUGUGAGUCAAGUUAUCAAUAACAUCUCAUUGACUGUCAUCACAUUGUCCCUCUACACCUAUCUUGUCUCCUCCUUGAUCCGAAAAGGAAACAAUAUUGAGUCUGCUCAAUUCACCAAAACUCAACGGCAAGUGAUUCUCCAAGCAGCUAUCAUCUGUUUCUUUCAUUCGAUUGGUUCAUUAGUUUGCGUCUACAUGCAACUAUUUUACUCUCCAAAAUGGCUCAUUGUAGCUGCUCAUGUAUGCUGGCAAUGUUGUACAGGAUGCGCCAGUGUAAUUUAUCUUACUUUGAAUCAAACCAUACGCUCGUCAGUGCGGAAAAUGAUUUGUCCCGCGAGAUUCCAAAACGACAAUAGGGUUUCGAAUGCUUCGGAUGGAAUGCUUCGGACGAAUGCUUCGGAAGUUAUCAGUUGA